CGUAAAGCUCCAGGACUUCGUAACUCAUGUUGAAGACAUGCACCGCACGUCUAAUUUUGGAUUUUCAGAAGAAUACAAGGCCAUUAACAAGAUGAGUCCCAAACAUCCGGCCACGGCCGCCGAGCAGGAAGCAUGCCGCACGAAGAACCGAUACACCAACGUUCUGGCUUUUGACCACUCACGAGUGAAGCUCCUGCCGCUAGACGAUGAUGAAGGCUCUGAUUACAUCAACGCUAAUUAUAUACAGGGAUACAACUCCAAAAGAGAAUACAUAGCAGCCCAGGGUCCACUGCCGUGCACGAAGGACGAUUUCUGGAGGAUGAUCUGGGAGAACAAAGUGACGAUCGUGGUGAUGCUCACGCAGUGCAAGGAACGAGGGCGGAUCAAGUGUGAGACGUACUGGCCCAACACGAACGAGCCGGUGUAUUUUGGAGACCUCAUAGUUCAGCUACGGUCCGAAUCCGUGCUUCCUGAUUAUAUGAUAAGAAUUCUCGAUGUCAGGCAGGGAAAUACCAAGCGAGUUGUGAAGCAUUUUCACUUUCUGAAGUGGCCAGACUUCGGGUGUCCAGAAAAGACCUCCCUCCUGCUCAACUUUGUACGUGCCAUUCGAGGACAUCUACCACAUCCGACUGAAGGACCUACACUGGUACACUGCAGCGCUGGCGUUGGCCGGACCGGCACGUACAUCGCGGUGGACUAUCAGCUGCAGCACAUAAAGGAGCACACUGAGAUUGAUGUUUUUAGAUUUGUGCUGGACAUGCGCGCGCAUAGACCACUCAUGGUCCAAACAGAGAACCAGUAUGUGUAUAUCCACGACUGCAUCCGAGACGCAAUGGAAGAAGGUGCCGGUGAGGAAACUACGUGGACAACCACUCUGUCGACCUGUUUGAACUGUAGGCCUACCCAGAACGACAAACAAAGUCAGGCUCAGCCCCAGAAUGGGAAUGAGAAUCCGGAUCCGAACCAGAACGAACAACAGAACCCGAACCAGAACCCGAACCAGGACCAGGACCCUAGCCAGAGCCAGGACCCUAGCCAGAGCCAGAACCAGAACGAAAAUCAGAACCAGAAUCAAAAUCAAAAUCAGGAUCAGAACAAAGACCAAAAACAAAAUCUAAACCUAAAUCUGAAUCAGAAUCAGAACCACACUUACAAUCGUAAUCAGAAUAACCAGCACAACCUAAUCCAAAAGAAGAACCAGCCACAGAACUUGAAGAAGAACUGGAUCAGGCAGGAAGACGAGAGUCAGGUCUAGACGUCAGGUCUAGAAGUUAGGUCUAGACGUCAGGUCUAGAAGGUCUGGAAUCCGUGACGAGUUCAGAAGUAGUGACAUCUUUGCAAGACAAAGAGACUGUCGGUGAAGAAUGGGACUCUUGGCUUGUGUUCAUAAACCAGUGAAUGCAUGAAUGCCAAUUGACACUUUGUUUUUUUAAAUAUUAUAUUUACCGAGUCGACGUUUCUGCUGGUGAACUAUUAAGUGCUUCAUUAGAGCCUCCAUUGCAAUUUAAAAAUUGCUGUCUAUUAAUACUAAACUGUUACAUUAGUUUGAUAGCAAACAGUCUUAACUAUGAUUAAUUGGGCUUCCAUCUUAUUUUCGUGCUUAUAUCCAAUUAAUGUUCAAGCUCGCUGUCCUGGGCAAACACCUUAUAUAUCUGGGCUGUCUGUCCAGGACCGUGGAUUAGUGGUUAGUGAAAGAGAAGUCGGUAUACCCCUACCCAUUGAGUCGUUAAAAUUCGCUCUGGGUAGCAGCCGGUACUGGGCUGUGAACCCAGUACCUACCAGCCUUAAGUCUGAUGACUUAACAACGACACCACCGAGGCCGGUAAAUGCAGGUUGUUACGGUGGUUGACUUAUUAAAGUUGCACGUAUUACAUAACGUAAAAUGUACACUGUAUGUUUACAUUCUUCUUCAAGUACAAUAAACCGUUUUGUAAACAUUAUUAAUAGCUAGCUUGACCUAACAUGAGCUAAAGUUGUUUUGUGUUUGUUUGGAGGGUUUUUUAAAUUAUUUAUUGCUUCGUAGCCAUAAUUCAAUUAUAUAUCAAGACGUGAGAUAUCACAAUUAUAUUCCUGGUGGAAUAAAAUGAGCUUCCAGAUUGAUUAAAUGUAUACUAGUAUGUCUUAGGCAAUAAUGUGUUGAGCCUUUUUUGUGGUUUAACUUCCGUGGAACCGUGCCUAUAAUGGUGGUGAAUAAAUAAACAGCAUUGUUCAUAUCAGGGCUGUACUUAGGUGGGAGAAAGGGGGAUUAUUACUUCCCCAUAAAAAUAUGAAAAAAGUGCGUUUUCUGUUUAAAAGUGCCUUUUUGUCUACCUGGAGAUGAACUUCUACUGUUAUGCCUCGAUUCUUUUUGUACGGUCUCCCCCCUUAUGUUAGUCUGGGUACUGCCCUGCAUAUGACAUUCGAUUUGUUAAUUCAUAUAAUGAAUGACAAAUGUAUUUCUGUUCAUACAUUUGUUUACGUGAUCUGAUUAGCCUUUCUAACCGUUGUUUUUAAAAUGUGUGUCAUUAUAUGAUGCCCGGCAUGCCUUAUUAUGUAAUAUACAUGUGGUAUUGUAUAUUUAGUUUAUAAUAGAAGUUAUUUUGUUAUAUUUAUAUUCAUAGUAAUGUUGCAUGUUAAUUUAUUUCACUGUUAACAAGUCUACCUUUUAACCUAAGUUAAUGUAACAUAUUAAUUUUAUUUUUAUUUUUAUUAUGUACAGUAUUUGUCCUUGUGGUUAGACACUUAAAUGAGCUCCACCAAAGCUUCAAACUGGCACCUUCUUGCCAAAUGUAUUUAUUAAAUGUUGUAAAGAUUGUACAUUUAUACCAAUAAAAAUAAAAUUAAAAUCAAAUAAUUUCAUUCACUAUUUUAAUUAUGGGAUUCCAAUCCUAAGAGCAGCGAUGUGGUGAAGAACGCAUUUGCACGUGACCAUUUCUGUAUAUAGUUAGAUUGACGGAUGGCGCGUAACACAAGACUAAGUGAAUGACCUAAUUUAAAAAAAAAAAAAAAAUGUGUACGAGAUUCGGUUAUCAAUAACAAGUUGUGGUUGAAAACGUUCUCAGACAUGAAUGUAAUCUCACAGUGAUGUCACAAGUGAUCUCACAAAAUGUCAUAGUGUGAGGUCACGGUAAAACUGUCAGCUGUAACUUGAAGCUGUAAUCUCGCCACACCUUGUUACAUGUUCUAAUGUUAUAAUACAAACAAAUAUAGUUACAGUAAUAACUUGUGUGUGUUAGAAUAAUAUACAAGUCAGUCUCCGUGUUUUUAAUACCGUAUAAGGCGCGGGUGCAGGGGGAGGGUUUCGGGGCUCGAAAUCCCUCCUUGUUAAAGCAGUUUCUUUUAACUCAGUAUAUAUCGGGGUAGUAUUCGACACCCACCCCCCACCCACCCACCCCCAACAGACUUCGAUCGCCACAGUCUAGAACACCCCCCCCCCCCCACACACACACACACACACACACACAAAUAUACACAUACACCGCUAAAGUUCCUGCACACGCAUUUGCGUAUAACAUAAAACAACGGAAAAGCACCUCCUAUGAUAGUUAAAUGAAGAAUAAUACAUUUUGUGUAACUCAAUUUAGUUAUUAUAGCCAAAGGAUAUGGAUGAUAAAAACUGUGUCCGAGAUUACAGUUUUAACUAUCCCCUUAUAUGUGUUGCAUGUCUUGUUUGGUUUUGUAAAUAUUUAUCAGUUUUGUUAUAUUUUUAUUAAGAUAAUGUUAUUAAAAAUACAUUAACGAUAAAA